AAGGAGACAAAGACGCUGUCAGACUGGUGUUGGGUCGCGGCCUGCUGUAUUCCUUCGACUCCGUUCACCUCCAUUCACAGUAAAUAAAAGCAUGGAGGAUCUGACUCUCGGGAUCUAACGCCGAGCAGCGGGGGGUAAAGACACUGCCGCAUGCGCUCUUGCUUUCAUGAAAACACACAGGAAGGAAGCGGGACGGCGGUGAAACGCGUUGACAAUUGGAUUUAAGUCAUUUUCCGCAGAAACGAGGACUGUAGUUGGGGGAAUCGGAUCGGGACAGCGCGCCGUGCUGAGCAUGAAGCGGACGGCGGUGGUGGCCAGGCACAAUGGCCUCGUCUCUCCUUUGGGGAACAACAACUCCGGGGCUUCGAGCAUCGUCUCGCCGCUCCAGCCGAGGGCCACUGGAAUCUCCGCUCCUGCCGACAUCGGUGCCGGCGGCGGGGUGGACGGCCUUCUGGAUUUCUCCAAAGGCCCCAGCGUCAAAACGGAGCUGGUGUGCAAAUGGAUUGACCGAACUUCUACGAGACAGCGGUUUGGGCGGACAGCGACAUCCGUCUGCGACCAAACUUUCAGCUCCAUGCCCGAGCUGGUGGACCACGUCACCACCGAGCACGUCGCUGCGGGGCUGGAGACCCUCAGCCAUGUCUGCAUGUGGGACGAGUGUCUGCGCGGCGGGAAGGCGUUCAAAGCCAAAUACAAACUCAUCAACCACAUCCGCGUGCACACCGGGGAGAAGCCGUUUUCAUGCGCAUUUCCCAACUGCGGCAAGAUGUUCGCACGCUCCGAGAACCUGAAGAUCCACACUCGCACCCACACCGGUGAGAAGCCAUUCCAGUGUGAAUUUUGCGAGCGGCGCUUUGCUAACAGCAGUGACCGGAAGAAGCACUCACAGGUCCACACGGCCUCAAAGCCCUACGACUGCAAAGCACUGGGCUGCACUAAGUCUUACACACACCCCAGCUCCCUGCGCAAACACAUGAAGGUUCACGUAAAGUCCUCGCCUACCUCUGAACCUCAGGACCUGUAUGACUCCAUCUCUCAUCAACUCCAGUCACCUCAUCAAGCUGUCCUCGAGCCCCUUGACCUUAAAAUGAAUCGCCUUUCUCCGACACUCGCCAACAAAGCCACCCAUUUUCCUCUUUUGUCCAGUCAUGAAUUGGAUAUCAGCUCAGCCAGUGAAGCGGACCAUAAGCUUCUGCUGCGGAGUUCAUCUCCAUUGGCGAUGCCUCUUGAUCUCUCUCUGUCAGGCCUAAAGAAUCAGCUGACCCAGAAGCAGCAGAGUGGCAGAACCCCGAGGAGGAGUCAGCGCUCAGUCAACCCUGCCUUACCUCAGUUGUCUAACAUUAAGGAGUGGUAUGUCUGUACCAGGACUACAGCACCACAUUUUCCUCUACUUCACCCGGACCAUAUCAAAUCAGAACCUAGUGAUGAGGAGGAGUAUGUGACGUAAGAUGAAGGGACUGGUGAACUGGGACAUAAAGAACAAAUCUCAUGCUGUCCGACCCAGGUCAGGCAGUACAAGCAGUUGAAUAGUUCAACAUCUGUGGCCCUUGGUGAAGGCUGCGAUCAGAGAGGAUUUUUUUCUGCAUCUCACAUAAAAAAAAAACUCCGAGAUUGUCACUAUGUGUGGACCAAAAGCAGUGGAAUGCAAUUAUGACAGAAAGGACAAAAGGAAUUUUGUCAUUAUGGUUAUGAAACAUAAUGUUUUACAGAAAACUGAAAGUUAUCAGCAUUAACUAGCUAACCUGAACAAACAAAGGAGUAAACUUUGUACAACCGGACCAGAGGAUUUUUUGGUUACUCCACUGCUUGCCGUUAAAGAAUAUGUACAGGGUGUGUGUACCUGACAUGACAGAUUAUUGUCUAAUUUAAGGGCUCCACCUUGGUAAAGCACUAUCAAGGGCUAAAUCAGCACUGACGAAAAGAAGUUAAUGUUGAAGCUUCAAACAGCAAAGGGGAGCGUAACUUUUAAGGUCUCAGUUUGCUUUAAACAAACUAAUUUGCACAAUGUUUGAAAGUUGCAAAAAGCAGCUGAUUCUGCUGUCAAAAAUUGAGGUCUGCAUUAGGGCUGGACCCGAAUAUUCGGAUAUUCGGUCAUGACGGUGGUAUCUGGAUAUUAACUGUCUGACAUUAUGGAGUGGACCGGACCGAAUAUUCGAAUAUCCAUCAUUAAUAGGGGCCAAAUAUCCGAAGCCCAGAAACUGCUAUUCAGGCCAGCCCAGUCUACAUACUGUUACAUGAUCAGACUAGCACUUGCUUGAAAGCAAACUGAGGCCUUUUGUAACAAACCAUCGAUACUCAUUGGAACUUGCUCAAAAGUGUUUACAGCAAAAAGUGAUCACAGUCUAAUCCAACGCAGCAGCAAGCAGUUAAACUCCAGUUAAGAGAGAAUGGGUCUGAUCCUUCCUUGUGCUGAUCAAGAGUCUCCUUAACUUCUUCAGGGGGUCUAUCAGUGGGUUCAUUGCAUACAUCUGUUCUUACUCCAGUCACAAUUGAGUCAUCACCUUAAGCUUUCAAAAUAUCAGCACACAUCUCAUAUACAUGUUGUUUUAACAAGGCGAAGUGGCAUCUUGGAUUUGAAUAUCGAGUCAAAAUGAGCAUCCUCCAUCCAUGAAUGAAUGGAACAAGCUGAAUUGUUGAAGAUUGUGGCAUGGCUUGAAAAUUGUUUUUUAAAAAAAGCAAGUCAAACCAAUGCUCAGCCAUCCACUGGUAGUUAAUUUCAAAUUGGAUUCAAACCUCUGAUACAAGGAAGUCUAAUAUUUUUUCCUGUUAAGUAGGCUGGCAACUCUACAUUGCCAGCGUGUGUGUGUGUGUGACUGGUUGUCUGUUACUGUGUGUGUCAGCUCUAUGAAUAACCUGUGACCUGUCAAAGUUGUAUUCCACCUCUCACCCAAUUUCAGCAGUGAUAGCCUCCAAUUCUCUGUGACCCUCAAAGAUUACCCAGGCAUUGCUGAUGGAUGGAUGUUUGUUCUCUAUUCUAAAUAAAUUUGGCUAAAUAGGGGAUUUCUCUAGAACCUUUUUAGUCGCCAUGUUACCAAGCUAUUUACUUUGUCAUUACGUUGUUAUUUCUGAUAGGAAUGAUGGACAUAACUGCAAAAUAACACUCAAAACUUGUGUUUACUUUUAAUUAGUAGAAGGUGUUUUAUAAUUGUGUCUCAAUUAAAUGCAGGGUCGCUGAUGGGCAAAAUGCUUGAGGGAGCAAUUACUGAGGAAAUCUAAAGCACAGCGAUAAAGUGGACUUUCAUCAGUGCAGAACAAGAUUGCGUGCAAUGACAGAAUUGUAGCAUUGAAGUUUUAGAUCUCCGAAACCAAUUAUUCACAUGGUUGGAACUGUGGUUAGCCCUGCCGUUUCACAUCCUCAAGCUAGGGCCUUUCUGUAUGCAGUUUGUAUGCUCUGUCUAUGUCUGCAUGGGUUUCUACCACAGUCCAAACACAUGCCAGGGUGAUAAACUUAAAACUAUACCUAUGUCAGUGUAGGUGUGAUGGCUGUUUGCCCAUACAUGUUUACCCUGUACUAAACUGAGAACUUAUUUGGGUGUGCUAUGCCUCCUACACACGUCAAUCCACAAAAUUUUUAGAAAGUUCACGCCAGACCGUCCCAUAUUUGUCUGAUUUAUUUUUUCUGUUCAAACACACACUACUGUUCAAAUGUUUGGGGUCACACAGGCAAUUUCUUAUUAUCCAUGAUAACUCACAGUUUGUUCAUAUGCUAACAUAACUGCAAAACGGUUUUCUAAUCAUCAAUUAGCCUUUCACCACCAUUGGCUAACACAAUGUAGCAUUAAAACACAGGAGUGAUGGUUGCUGGAAAUGCUCCUCUGUACUCCUAUGUAAAAUAAGCCAAUUCUAGCUAGAAUAGUCAUUUAGCACAUUAACAAUGUCUAGACUGUAUUUCUGAUUCAUUUAAUGUUAUCUACAUUUAAAAAAACUGAUUUCUUUCAAAGAUAAGGACAUUUCUAAGUGACCCCCAAAAUUUCGACCGGUAGUGUUUGCCAAUAAGUAAAACAUGUAAAAUCUGAGCUCAUAGAUAACAUUAGGUUUUGAUUUUAAAAUUACUAAAGAAGGUGGGGUCAUUUUGAUUUUUGCAUUGCAAAAAACUCUGAAGCAAUGUGUGAAGUGCCAUAACUUGAGAAACAACCCUGCUCGGAUAUAACAAUACAAAGGAGUUAUAUGAUUUAAAUUUGGUCACAAAUGUCAUUGUUUCUAUUUAUUCUAUUACUAUAUUUCACCAACCAUAAAAUAUUUAUUUUUCACAAUAACAAUUCAGUAACUCUUCCAGUUGAGAACACUUUUGGAGUGCUUUCACCUGCUCAUACCUGCUCAGUGAUUGUCCUAAUGCUCGCCAUAAAUGCAACAAGAAAAAAAAUUAAAUACGUUUUUUGUCAUAAGGAAUGCCUGUGACUCGCACCAUACUCUGACAUUUUUAAAGCUCAUAUUGGUGCCAAUAACAGUGGAAAAAAUAAGCCUCUUCGAGUGAAAAAUUAAGGUUUUGUUACCAACAAAUAUCGGCGUAAAUAGAAAUCCCUGACAUUGUUUGACCAAAUUAAUACCAUCAUAUAGCUGGUUUCUGUUGGUCUGUCAAAGCAGGGUUGUACCAUUGAAGACUAAUGUACGUAUCAAAGAGCAUGCAGAAUUUCAGCACCGUAACUACAUUAUUUCUCAAGUUAUGACACUUCAAGCAUUCCUCUGCAGACUGGCACAAAGAAAACAAUACAAAAAUGGACAUGACCCCCACCCCAUUUUAAGAAUUUUUUCGCUGAAAAGCUAAUGUUACCCAUGAGCCCAGAUUUAACACAUCGCCAACUCAAUCAUUAUUCACCACUUUAAAACAAUCUGUCAAAUUGAAGAGGGUCAGGCUUGGGGCGUUUAAGUGAAUUGAGGCAUAAUGACCCACAUGCAACCACAAACUGAAAAAUAAUAUACAUUCCAUUUCAAGUGUCAUGAUGUUACACAAUCAAGCCAAUCCACAGAGUGCUUUUUAACAGCUGUCUCAUGAUAUCCAGCGCUCACAUUCUCCACUGAUGAAAAGACUUUGUUCUUUUAUGAGGGAUGUUCGUUACAUUUUGGUGAAAUUGAGUGUUUUAUGCAGUAUCUCAAGUUAUUCCAAUAUUCUAGUACAAACAGCCAUACAUUUGAUGAACCAUUCAUUAUGUCUUUCUAAAAUGUUUAUGAAUUAAAGGCAGUUGUUUAAAUGUCAGAUGAGGUGAGGUAAUGCGAACUCCUAUGAAAUCUACCUGUAUUCCUUAAUGACCUGCCUUACAAAACAGAAAUCCUCUGAUUAAUCAACAUUAAAUGAACAUUUUUAUGUGUGUAAGAAACAUACAAGAAAGGAAAUUAAAACAAAUUAUUAGACUUA